AUGCGCAGACUGAGGCUGGGAGGCGGCGGGUGCGGGCGGCUGCGCGGCUGCGCGGGCUGAGGGAGGGGGCGGACGCGUGCUGGCGGCGGCGGACGCGCAGUCCGACCCUGCGCCCGCGGCGCCCCUGCUGCGGCCCGAGCGGCCUGUCUGCGGGAUCGGUGGAUAGCGAUGGCGCGGCCGCGCCGGCAGCGCCCGGGGGCCUGGGCGCCGCUGCUCUUGCUGCUGCUGGCCGGGCCCGUCGCCUGUGCCGCCAGCCCCGCGGACGACGGCGCUGGCGCCGGGGGCCGGGGGCCCCGGGGCCGCGCGCAGGGGGACUCCGGCUCCGACGAGGCGGUGCCGCGCCACGACUCCUCCUACGGCACCUUCGCGGGGGAGUUCUACGACCUACGCUACCUGUCCGAGGAGGGUUACCCUUGCCCUACUGCUCCUCCUGUGGAUCCAUUUGCCAAAAUCAAAGUGGAUGACUGUGGAAAAACUAAGGGAUGCUUUAGAUAUGGCAAACCGGGCUGUAAUGCAGAGACCUGUGAUUACUUCCUUAGCUACCGGAUGAUAGGGGCUGAUGUGGAAUUUGAGCUGAGUGCAGACACAGAUGGUUGGGUAGCAGUUGGAUUCUCUUCAGACAAGAAAAUGGGUGGUGAUGAUGUCAUGGCCUGCGUCCACGACGACAACGGCAGGGUGCGCGUACAGCACUUCUAUAACGUAGGCCAGUGGGCAAAGGAGAUUCAGAGAAAUCCUGCCAGAGAUGAGGAAGGAGUUUUUGAGAAUAAUCGGGUCACCUGCAGAUUUAAACGGCCUGUGAAUGUUCCCAGAGAUGAAACGAUUGUUGAUCUGCAUUUAAGUUGGUAUUAUCUGUUUGCCUGGGGUCCAGCCAUUCAGGGCUCCAUCACCCGACAUGAUAUAGACUCACCACCGACUUCAGAGCGUGUUGUCAGUAUUUACAAGUAUGAGGACAUUUUUAUGCCAUCAGCUGCCUAUCAGACCUUCUCCUCUCCAUUCUGUCUGCUUCUCAUUGUUGCCUUGACCUUCUACUUAUUGAUGGGAACCCCUUAACCACAGCUGCAAAGCCAACAGAUUCAAUGCAUUAUUAGAAAGUCUUUAGUAUAUUUUUAAAAAAUAUGCAGUAUAAUUUUAGCUUCUAUUAUGUAAAAAAAAAAAAGACUUAUAUGAUUCAGCUUUCUGGAAGAAAGAGCAAGUUUCUUUU